AUGCAAUACAGACGUCUCUUGCUGCGGAUUGCCAGUCAGUAUCCCUGUAGAGAGGAUCUGGUGGAUUCUCUGCAUCAAUUCAUUGGAUACAGCGAUGAAAUUCUCCCUGAGGCGAUUUACAUCUCUGGGCCUCCUUGUUGUGGGAAAACCGUCAUUACAUCUGCCCUCCUGCGUUACCUGAAGCACCUGCGCUAUGCGGUUGUUGAUUGCCUUGAAUGCUACUCAUCAAAGGUUCUCUUUGAAGACAUCAUUGAUUCCCUGAGCUACCAUGAGCCAACGUAUGAGAACUCCUUUGCUCCUCUGGCUAAAUGCGAUACCAUGAAGAGUUUCCUGGCGGAACUACGGAAAGGAUUUGCCCAAGACACCGUGGUUAUUGUCCUGAAGAAUGCUGAGAAGCUUCGCGAUAUGGAUGCAAACAUUCUUCCCACAUUCCUUCGCCUCAGGGAACUGUCUGGGAUGAAUGUGUGCUGCAUCCUCAUUGGGCAGAUUCCAUUUGAGAAAUUCUAUCCCAAAACUGGCCUUCCCAGUGUGCAUCACAUCAAAGUGCCGCAGUACACAAAGGAGCAAAUUGAGAUGAUCCUCCUGAAGGAUUCCAACCGAAUGGGGCAAGCUCUGAAGGAGAAAAUCUCAGCAGAUUCCCAAAUCCCAGAGGAAGAGCUGCAGAAGCGCUUGGAAAUUAUUUCUUCGUUUAAUUUGGAUUUCUUCCGAAACUACUUGAGUACCUUCCUGCACAUGUUCUACCGUGUGUGCAGAAAUCUCAUUCAGCUGCGAAUGGUGGCUAAUGAGUGCUUCGAAAAAUACUGUGAGCCUGUGUUCAGUGAUCCCUCCAUGAGUAGCAGUGCAAAUAUGCUUUGGAGGAAUGUUUCAGGAACCCUCAAAGCAGCCCUGGAGACUCUCUACACGAGACUCAAUGCUAGUUCCAUUGAGAAUUCCCAGAAUCGAGAGAUGAAGGACUUUAUACAGAUUGUGGAGCUUCCUUUCUAUGCAAAGUAUCUCCUGAUUGCCGGCUACCUGGCGAGUCAUAACCCAGCAAAGGAAGAUAAGCGGUUGUUCCUGAAGAAUCACGGGAAGCAACGGAAGCGCCUCAAGAGCGUUAAUGCAAAGGCGAAAGUUGCGGAGAAGACAAUGCUCCUUCAGGGUCCAGCAACAUUCUCCGUGGAUCGUCUCCUGGCCAUCUUUCAUGCCAUCAUCGAGCAGAAAGUCUGCCUAACGUGUGAUCUUCUAGCGCAGAUUUCAACUCUCGUCGAAUUGGGCUUCUUCACGCGCACCACCACCGACAGGAAUAUCCUCGAGGGAUCCGCGAGAUUCGUCUGUGGGCUCCAAGUGAGUGUUAUUCAGCGUAUUGGUGAGAUGGUGGGCUUCCAUGUGAAUCGAUACCUUUGCGAUCUUAUGCAGUAA